UUUAUUUUAUUAAUAUUCCAAAGGAGAAUAUUACAAUGGCAACAUACACAAUUCAUUAUCACAAUUAACACAGUCUCUAUCGACACUAUUUGGGCUCUGGACUCAACAAUUCUACGCAAUUUUACAUGGGCUGUCGAUGUGACGCAACCUCAUUAUGACUGUGGAAAACAGUAUGGGAACAAGGGUGUGUCAUUAUUAAUGACGUCAGCCAUCUGGGAACCAAUGGCAAACAGCGCAGCUAAACAUCAGCGCUAAGAUGGCGACUAAAUGAUCGACUGUGCCACACCACACUACCGGCACAUACACGAUUAACUAUAGUUUAUGACAGGCGGUACUUUCAAUACACUAAAAAAUACCGAUCUAUGACUUAAAAAUAAACAUCACUGGAAGCCACUUAAUACACAAAAUGCAUUCAAAAAAUGUAUUUUUUAGAAAAGUCGUUUUUGUUUUGUUGGGUAUUUAUUGUUUUCUUAUAUGCAAAUCGACCUCAUUUUUAAUCUCUCAUGAAUUUGUUGAUACUUCUUUUGGAUCUUACGAUAGUACAUUAGUAUGCAAAUUAAAAGAAAAAUGCACUUAUGUUGAUUCAUGCGAUAAUAUAACUUCAAUUAUUUAUAAUGGAGAAGCGUUAUACUGCAAUAAUGUAGAAAUACAUUCUCGAACUAAUGCUAUAGGGUUGCCAGUAUAUUUUAAUGGACGAAUUUUGAAAUCAGAAAAAAAAAGUCUUGAAUUUAUUGUCGAUUCUUAUUAUCCAAAUAGUAUAUAUACAAAAAAUAAUGUUGAGUACGAAUCAACUUUUUUCGACAUCUCGUCUAGUAUAACAUAUGAUCGAUGGAACUAUGGAUCUAUAGAUAAAUUAGCAGAGGGUAAUUCAUUAAAUUUGAAAAAUUCGAACAAUGGAAUAUCAUUUAAAAUCGAUUGGAUUCAAGAUGAAACGGUGACAGGGUGUAUAUCAAUGACGUAUUUUAAAGAUGUGGAUCAAUACAACUCACCAACGUCAACUUCUUUUAUAAAAAUAUAUCAAGAUGACACAUCAUUAGGAGAAUUUAUGCUAAAAAAUACAGAUGAUAAAUUUAAAACAUUGAUAAUGAAAUUUAAUAGACCAUUUGAAAAAAAUAAAGAAUAUUACUUAACUAUUACUUUUAACAAAUACGAUCGUUAUUCAGCACUUGGCAUAAAACGAAUAGCCCAAUGUACAGAUUCCGGCAAUGAUGAAUUAAUUCGUCAACAGGUUGUUGAUUUUAAUAAUAUUAUUGAUUCUAAAGGAUGGAAAUCAAUAAAUUGUUCUAUUUUAAUGUACAAACCGCCUAGUGAAUAUGUACAAGCCAAGGAUAUAAUUAAAAAAAUUCCUUUUGUCAAUGAUGUAGAUAAAGAUUCCUUGGAUAUUGCAAAGUUAAAACUUUCAAACGCAUUAAGUUGUUUUUAUGGUAAUGUGCUUUUGAAUUUACAACAAUUUUAUUGCAAUGCACUGCCUGCAAAUGAAUUUUUAACACCGAAAAAUUAA